AUGGCUAUUACACUGGACGGCGGCAUUGCUCUUGUCACAGGCGCUGCCUCAGGAAUCGGCAAGGAGACGGUCUUUGCCCUCGCCCAAGCCGGUGUAGAAGGCGUCAUCCUUGCCGAUUUGAACCUCAGUGGCGCUGAAUUAGUCGCUCAGGAGAGCACAAAAAAAUGGGCUACUAACUCCUAUUUUCGCACGACAGCAGUCCAGGCGGACGUUUCUGACGAGGCUGCCGUAAACAACAUGGUUGAUGUAGCAGUGAAAGAGUUUGGCAGAAUUGACUACUGUGUACAUGCAGCGGGGGUAGCAUUUCCGGGGCGACAACUGAGCAUCUCAAGAUCGACGUCUAUGAUCAGAUAA